AUUGGGCACCAUCAGAUGUAUCCGUUUCAUACCAUAAUAUGACAUGGCAAAAACAUGUAUCCAGUAACAUUAUCAGAUACGACCCAGCUGUAACUUUUCUCUGCAACUUCAGUUUGAAAUCCGACGAAGAUUUAUUAUAUGACAUCAUUUGGUUUAUUGAUGGACGGGAAGUUGUAAACCAAACUGUUGAUAAAUCCAGUAAUUAUACAGCAAUGAUAACAGCUCAUGAUAUUUUGAAAGCGGAGAAAAAGAUAGGAAUUGAAGUACACUGCAAAGUUGGUGCAAAACGAAAAAACGAAAACUUUCCAUGUAUUUUCAAAGUUGGAAAUCCAUUUUUUGCUGGAAUAAAGAUAAUGAAUUCAAACAUUGAGUUAGAAAGAAAAGGAUCGAAGAAUGUCGAAUUAGAGAUGACAAUUCCAUUUGCAUCGGAAUCGCUUUUUAUUAAUGGUGUUCCUCAAACAGUGAGUGACUUGAAUAUUCAUAUGACCUUUAAAACGGACGAUCCCUCAAAAUGCAGUGGUGGAGGAUCAUCUAAUCAGUGCGAAGUCAAAGUAAAAAGCUAUAGCUACAACGAAAGACACAAGUAUGAAAACGACGAAUGGAAGCAAAAUAUUUCAUUUCCGGUUUAUAGCCAGGACACUGAUGGUUACGUCAUCAACAGUCAGAUGACUCUACGAUUAAAGACUGGGGGCACUAAUGGUGUUGGAAGUAAAAUAUUCGAGCAUGUGUCUUUGCCCGACAUUUCGAUAAGAGUUCGAGAAGGAAAUGAACAAUGGAAAGGCAGAUCAUGUGGUGUUAGAGCAGAUCCGCAUAUGUAUACUUUUGACGGAAAACCAUACGAAUGCCAGAUACCUGGAGAAUUUAUAAAUUAUCGAAAUCAACAUCAGCUACAGUGGAUUCAGUCUAAACAUCACCUAUGUAUCCCAUCAUACGAUGGUCCUUGGUGUGUCUGCGCAGUCGCAGCAAGAGCCGGAAGAGAUGUCUUCGUCAUAGAUUUGUGUGGAGAAAAUAAAGUCAUCAGCUAUGAGCUUUGUGAGGACAAUGUUUUGAAAGUCACGAAAAUCCACGACAAAUACUAUAAGGUUUAUUUUCCCACUGGUACAUCACUGGCUAUUUAUAUCAUGGAUUGGAGUGGACAUUAUAUCAUUGACCUUGAAAUUCUCCCCUCUGCUAUGGAUAUAGGAAAUGCUGAUGGUUUGUGUGGAUAUUUUGAUGGUGUUAGGGAAAACGACUUCAGAAGACGAAACAGUACUAUUACAGAUGACAUCGGAUUGAGACAUCCUAAUGGUUUCUCCGAGUCAUGGAAGAUUCAGGACAACGAAAAUCUCUUUCGCGGUGACUCUGUAGUCUACAGCAGUUUGCUCUCUGUGUCGACCAUUCUUGUUCCUCACUGUACAUGCACAGAAAGUGGCAAGACCCAAUGCUCCUACAACACGUUUACACCCUGCAACUCAAACCGAGGCAAACAAUAUGAAUGUAACGUAGACCUUGUACAAAACAGAAGACGUAAACGGGAUGUGUCCGAUAUGUACAUGCAAAGAGAUCUUCUAAUUAGAAAGAAACGUACGAUUUCCUACCUACAGUCGCAUGAAUACUCCGAGAGAGUUUGUCUACAAGCUUUUGAAAAUUCACCGGAAUACAACACCUGCCAACAAUAUGUGACCGACCUUAGUAAUGUAACCUUGUCCAACUGUAUUGAAGACAUAAGAAUGACAGGCGAUGAUAACCUAACGCAGAUUCACGUCGAAGCCGCUCUACAGCAAUGUUCCACAUUUGUACUCUUGAAUGCCACACUCCAAGAGUCGGAACCGGAAGUUACCUAUACAAUACAAAACCUCUGUCCAAGCAACUGUACCGGACAUGGCACUUGUGAUGGGGGAAACUGUACAUGUGACGCUAACUUUGGAGGGAGCGACUGUUCCUUUGAUUUACUCGGCCCUCCUAUAAUAACAAGUGUCCCCGGUGCUGGUUUGUGUGAUCUAUCUACUACAACCUGUAAAGAGGCCACCAUAAUGGGAAAAUAUUUCUUUGAAAACAUGGACUCGAUAUGUUAUCUUACCGUGAAACAGGUCAGUCUGAAUAAUGAUUAUGUAGAUAUUAAGUUAGCUCAAUCAACAGAUGGCUGUCGUCCUGGUGGGAAGGUCGUGAUUUCAAGCCCAGGCCGCGUUAGACCUAAGAAGAUAAAUAAGUAG